CUGGGUUUUGGGUCGUUACAAUAUCUCUAUAAAACGUUUUUAAAUUCUUAAAACGAUGAACAUACACAAAGCUUUUUGAAAGUGACUAACGUGUUAUAUACAAAAAAUCGUACUUAAAUUAAAUAUAUACAUCAAACUUUAUAGUGCGCACACCCCGGAGCUCUUACUAACGUACGCAUUAAUACCCGCCCGAAAGACGAUCACUCUCACAAGCAAUUUUUUCUUUCUUUCCCGUCUCCUCUCUCUAAUGCUGGCGAAUCGCCACCGGUUUAGUUACCGGUUAAUUUUAAUUUCCCUCCUGACUUUCGAAACAUCACGGCGUUUAGCUUCCGGAGACUCAAACGACGAGGCGUGUCUAACGAAUCUCCACCAAACCUUAGAAGAUCCAUCGAACAACCUCCACAACUGGACGAAACCAUUCUUCUCCAACCCCUGCCCCGGCUUCGAAUCCAACCUCCACGGCGUCACCUGCAACAACGGCAGAGUCUACAAACUCACCCUAACAAACCUCUCCCUCCGCGGCACAAUCUCCCCGUUCAUCUCCAACUGCACAAACCUCCAAUCGCUAGAUCUCUCCUCCAACGCCGUCUCCGGCGAGAUCCCGCCGCAGAUCCAAUCCCUCUCCAACCUCGCCGUUCUCAACCUCUCCUCAAACCGCCUCUCCGGCGAAAUCUCGCCUAACCUCGCUCGCUGCUCGUUCCUCAACGUCAUCGAUCUACACCGUAACGGACUCUCCGGCUCCAUCCCGCAGCAGCUCGGGACGCUCGCGAGGCUAUCGGCGUUCGAUGUAUCGGAUAACAAGUUGUCCGGUCAGAUUCCGGGGAAUCUAGCGAUGCGUAACGGAAACUCGCCGAGGUUUAAUGCGAGCUCGUUCGAGGGGAAUAAGAAGUUGUAUGGCUAUCCGUUGGAGGAGAUGAAGAGUAAGGGGUUGUCUGUGAUGGCGAUCGUUGGGAUUGGGCUUGGCAGUGGAGUCGCGAGUUUGGUGAUUAGUUUUACUGGGGUUUGUGUGUGGUUGAAGGUUACGGAGAAGAAGAUGGAGGAGGAAGAAGGGAAGAUUAGUCACUCCAUGCCUGAUUAUUAAUUACUUUUAGUGUGUUAUUAAUUUGUGGUUUAAUUUUUUUCUCUUUUUUAACCUUAACAAACAAAAUGAAAGAUACAAAAUAGGGAAGUUAUAAAUGCGAAUUUACGGUUGAUAAUGCUCUUACUCAUGUUUAUUUUUGUUUAUCUUUGGGAAUUUAUCCUAAAAUAAAUGUGAUUUGUAAUUGGGUAUAUAUUAACAAAAAGGUCAAGACUGGUUUAUGGUAUACUGAGUAUUGUUGUUUACUCUACUAUGAAACUUUGAUUUGUAAA